ACUGGGAAGCUCGUAUCGACAGUCAUGGCAGAGUUUUCUAUGUGGACCACGUCAACCGGACCACGACCUGGCAGAGGCCGAGCCACGGCAGCAAGUGUAACCACGGCAUCCCCCGGUCAGGGUCCACCCAGCAGAUGGAGCAGCUCAAUCGCAGGUACCAGAACAUCCAGAGGACCAUGGCCACAGAGGAAGAGGGAGGUAGUCAGAGGUUGGAGCGGAGCAGCAGUACGGAGGCUGAUUCUGACUCUGCUCAGACAGGCCCCGCCUCCCCUGUUAAUCACCAGAAGAUCAGCCAUCUCCUCCAAUCACCUGCUGUCAAGUUUAUCACACAUCCAGAAUUUUUCACUGUGUUGCACAGCAACUAUGCAGCCUACCGGAUGUUUACCAGCAGCAGCUGCGUGAAGCACAUGAUCCUGAAGGUGCGUCGGGAUGCCAGAAAUUUUGAGCGCUACCAGCAUAACAGGGACCUGGUGGUAUUCCUCAACAAGUUCGCAGACACUCAGCUUGAGCUGCCAAGGGGCUGGGAGGUCAAGACCGACCCCCAGGGAAAGUCUUUCUUUGUGGAUCACAACAGUCGAGCCACAACCUUCAUCGACCCUCGGAUCCCUCUGCAGAACGGCCGACUGCCGGGCCACCUCGCCCACAGACAGCACCUGCAGAGAUUACGCAGCUACAGCGCUGGAGAGGCCUCUGACGUAUCCAGGAGUCGCGGGGCUUCUCUGAUGGCCAGACCUGGAAACAGCCUGGUGGCUGCCAUACGGAGCCAACAUCACGGAGACUCACAGCAGCUGGCUGCUCCAUCUUAUAAUGACAAGAUCGUGGCGUUCCUUCGACAGCCGAACAUAUUUGACAUGUUACAGGAGCGACAGCCCAGCCUGAGCAGAAACCAUGCACUGAGGGAGAAGAUCCACUACAUCCGGACAGAAGGCACUCAGGGGGUGGAGAAGCUGUCAUGUGAUGCAGACUUAGUCAUCCUGUUAAGUUUAUUUGAAGAGGAAAUCAUGUCAUAUGUUCCUCCUCACCCCAUUCACCCUGGGUUCAGCUUCUCUCCUCGCUGUUCACCUGCCUCCUCGCCACAGAACUCUCCUGGCUUGCAGAGGGCCAGGGCCCCAGCUCCGUACCGCAGAGACUUCGAGGCCAAGCUGCGAAACUUCUACCGAAAAUUAGAAGCUAAAGGUUAUGGUCAAGGACCAGGCAAGAUCAAGUUGCUGAUCAGAAGAGAACAUCUGCUGGAAGGAACUUUUAACCAAGUGAUGGCAUAUUCACGCAAAGAGCUGCAGAGGAACAAACUCUACGUCACCUUCCUGGGGGAGGAGGGGUUAGAUUACAGUGGUCCAUCAAGAGAGUUCUUCUUCCUCUUGUCUCAGGAGCUGUUUAAUCCAUACUACGGUCUGUUUGAGUACUCAGCCAAUGACACCUACACCGUUCAGAUCAGCCCCAUGUCAGCAUUUGUUGAGAACCAUCUGGAAUGGUUCCGUUUCAGUGGUCGUAUUCUGGGCCUGGCUCUGAUCCAUCAGUACCUGCUGGAUGCUUUCUUUACCAGACCCUUCUACAAGGCCCUACUCAGACUGCCAACAGAUCUGUCUGAUCUGGAGUACCUGGAUGAGGAGUUCCACCAGUCUCUGCAGUGGAUGAAAGACAACGACAUCACCGACAUCCUGGACCUCACCUUCACUGUCAAUGAGGAGGUUUUUGGCCAGGUGACAGAACGGGAGCUGAAGUCGGGUGGCUCCAACCUCCAGGUGACUGAAAAGAACAAGAAGGAUUAUAUAGAGCGAAUGGCCAAGUGGAGGGUGGAGAGAGGAGUGGUGCAGCAGACAGAGGCACUGGUUAGAGGUUUCUAUGAGGUGGUGGACUCACGGCUGGUGUCGGUAUUUGAUGCGCGGGAGCUGGAGCUGGUCAUCGCAGGGACAGUAGAGAUCGACCUCGGUGACUGGAGAAGCAACACGGAGUACAGAGGAGGUUACCAUGACGGUCACAUAGUGAUGCGAUGGUUCUGGGCUGCUGUGGAGCGCUUCAACAAUGAGCAGCGCCUCCGUCUGCUGCAGUUUGUCACAGGGACGUCCAGCGUUCCCUAUGAAGGCUUCGCCGCUCUGCGGGGAUCUAACGGCCUGCGACGCUUCUGCAUCGAGAAAUGGGGUAAAGUCACAUCACUACCCAGGGCUCAUACCUGUUUUAACCGCCUUGAUCUGCCUCCAUACCCUUCAUACACCAUGCUGUAUGAGAAACUGCUGAUCGCUGUCGAGGAAACGAGCACGUUCGGCCUGGAGUGAGACAGACAAAACAGACAAAUCAAACACUGCAUCCCUCUCUAUCUAACAUUGACUGGGUCACAAUAUGAAAGGAAAGCAGCCUCUGUAGGCUUAACAUGUCGUAAAGAUUUCU